AUGGGAGUUAUAGUUUAUCGAUUGGCACUUCUAGACCAUUUACAUCGAGUCCACAAUGUUUUCUAUAUUUCCAUGUUGCGGAAAUUUUUGCGAGAUGAGGAUCGCUAUCAACACAUAGAUGUUGGUGAUAUUGAGUUGCAACCGGAUACGACAUACGUAGAGCCACCUUGUCAUAUUCUUGAUCAUAGGAAUCAAGUGCUUCACACCAAAGUUAUUCCUCUUGUGCGUGUUCAGUGUAGCCAUCAUAAUGAGGCCGAGUUCACUCAGGAACGGGAAGAUGAGAUCCGUUCAAAAUUUUCAGAAUUAUUUAAAUAA